AUGAUAAUACAGGUUCAGAAUCUUAUAGAGAGAUGCUUGCUAUUUCAUAUGAGUCAAGAUCAGUGCAUAAAGGCACUAGCUGAACAUGCAGGAAUUAAGCCACUUGUUACGCUUACAGUGUGGAAAGAACUGCAAAAGGAGAAUAAGGAAUUCUUUAGGGACUAUUUUCAAGUUACUACUCCAACCAGAAAGCCAUUCUUCAGCAGAUAUUGUAAAAGGGGACCAAGUUCAGCAAGAAGGAAAAACUGGAAGUAA